UUCGUCGCUUGCGUACGAAAGACAUUUCCAAGCUUCCCAAAGGCAGGUGAUCCUACUCAGGAACAGCUUCGAGCCUGCUUUUCUGGAGCUCGUGCUCCGGCAGCGCAAGCUCUCGCCUCCCAGAAAACUGAAGACGACUUUGACACCGGCUUGCUGUCUCGUGGCUUGAUGGACAAGAUCCAGGCACUAGGAACUUUCAUGGGCCUAGAUCAAAAGUCGGUAUGCCAGGACGAAACUGGACACCCUACCUAAUUACACGAUGAAUUUGUAUGGGUCGAAGACGUUACAAAGGCAGCUGAGGGCCUCUGCAAUGACGCUAUGGCUAUAAUCGACAAAACAGGCCUCUAUGAGGAUGGUGGAAUCGCAUAUGCAUCCAGAGAGUUCGCCAAUGGUCACGACGAUCAAAGCAAUUAUCUUCACAAUGGUCGGAAGCUCCUCCUCACAAUGGCGAUCGACUUCUACCCACCUGCAGCCGUUGCGAAAGAGCAAAUCAAGGAUGUAGCUAAUGGCGUACGCUAUCUAUGCUCAUCAGGUAUUUCAAGGCUUAUGGAUUCAAGAGAUGGAUGCACGUCGGAGGUCAACUGGUACAUUUCGCAGCAGGCCAAAUUCGCCAAGCAUAUGGCCGCAGUUGGUGGACAACUCGGCAUGUACUACGACGGCUCUAACAGCCACGUCGAUACGCAAUUCGAUUAUUCUUUAUUCUUCUACCAAGCUUUAUUGCCAUGA